AUGCGAUGGCUGAUUGUGGCCGGCACGGUUGGUAACGUACUCGCUUUGGUAUUCAUGAGUAAUUCGACGGAAUUCUAUCAGUCCUUUCUAUCUUUCAGUGUCCUUGGAGGUGUGUCUGCCUCUCUGUUAUACAAUCCAGCCCUAUCAGCGAUCGGACAUUGGUUUCAUAAGAGACGGGGUCUAGCAAUCGGCCUUGCGUGCACGUCAGGAGGCUUCGGCGGAGUAUGGAUGCCGCUCAUCAUCUUACAUGUAGCCCCGGCCAUUGAAUUCGCGUGGUCAAUCCGUGUUAUCGCGCUUAUUUGCGCAGUUCACGGUAUGAUUGCGUCCUUUUUACUUACCAAGAGACUUCCACCUACAGCUGGAGCAGAAUCUUCUAUCGAUUUCAAGGCACUAAAAGACAUAAACUACGCUGCAGUAACCAUUGGCAUGGUCAUGGUCGAGUUUGCGAUAUUUCUACCUAUUACGUAUAUAUGCUCGUAUGCAAUUUACUCGGACUUUGGAUUCAUGGAUGCAUAUCUCCUCAACGCAAUUCUCAAUGCGGCUGCUAUCCCCGGACGAUUCCUUCCGAACUACAUCGCUGAUCGGUUUGGUGUCUUAAAUACGAUGUGCACUAUCUGCUUUUUCUGCAUGGCGUCAAUAUUUUGCCUAUGGCUACCGGCAAAAGGAAACAAGCCCAUGACGAUAGCAUUCACGGCGAUUUAUGGCUUUUGGUCCGGAGCUUCAGUCAGUCUUGCUCCUGUAGCUAUUGCCCUUGUAUGCAGAACUGAGGAUCUCGGUAAGCGGAAUGGAACUGCAUAUACUAUCACCAGUUUCGGCACGUUGAUUGGAAUCCCCAUUGGAGGUGCAAUUUUAGGUGCAGAUAACGGAUCUUACCAAGGUCUUACUAUUUUUUCGGGACUUGCGUAUGUUCUGUCUCUUGUAGUGUAUAUCUUUUGUCGCUUCCGGAUACGAUCUUAA